UUUUGGGUGUGGAAAAUCAUAUACUACAGAUCCUAAAGUAAUACUGAUAUUUAUAUUUUCUUAUUUUUAAAGAAACAUAAAAAGAUUUGAAAUUAUAGUUUUUAUAUAAUUCGGAAGCACAUCAAAUAAGGUGGUGUUGGCCUCUGGAUCCAGGAGAGGACAGCAGCUGUUGUUGCCCCUCCAAGGUUAAAAUACAUAUGUCUGACCUCCAAGAUCUAUAAUUAUAUACAAUUUGGUUCAAUACUUUAAAAGUUCUCAGCUUGAUCCUAUUAAUCGAACUUAAUGUCUUCAUUACAUAAUGUCUACUCACACGGUUUCUUGACAAAGUCUGUGGUCAGGUGGUUUAGCAUAGCAAAGAUUUUACAUAUUUAUAUAUACUACAAGGCACAACCAGAGAACUUCCAUUGAAGCUUCCAAGAUAGAAUCAGCAUUUCCACCUCUGGAGUUUUAUGUAUAGGUGGUAGAGUUUUAUAUAAUUACAUCAACAAAUGCAUUAAUCUCAGGAAUCCUUUUCUCAGAAAAGAAUUAAGGUUUUCGUUCGUUUACUUCAUAUAUAUUUCGUUGUAGUGCACCUGACCGUCUGCGAUCUGCUGAAACUAGCUAGUUACAUUCAAGUGGUUCUUAGACGUCCGAUCGAUACCCUUGCUUGAAACACACAACCUCUUGGCAAUAGAUGAUUUCGUUUUAUUUUUUUUUCUUUCUUGAGAUUUUGCUGUUGUCUUUAAUUUUGCAGAACUUUUGAAGAUCGAGAUCCAUAAGGUUGUCAUCUUAGGGACAGCCCAGCCCUUUGAUUUUGAUAGAAGAUCCAAUGAAGAUAAUCCAAUUGAUUAAAGUUAAGUUUCGGAAUAAGUUGCGGGAUAACAAGUUUGUUGAAAUUGAACAACGAAGAAUGCCUGAUUUUGUUUAUGAAGGGCUCGAUCAAGUUUUAGCGGAAAGGAAUUCCCUCAAGGACCAGUUAUCUGAAGCUAAUAGGAAAAUAGCUGACCUUGAGAACAAGGCCAGAGCUUUCGAAGUUCAAGGAAUACAACAAUUCCUUAAUUACCAAGUGUCUCAUGGUAAGAAGGAAAAAGAUGGUGGCAAAGAUGAAGAAAUAGAGCGCCUCGAGGGCGAGCUAGGAAUAAAAAUCUCCCUUACGGAUCAACAAUCCGUCGGUGAAAAGGUAAUAAAGCGGUUUGAGUACCACAUGCAAUCAAAAGACGAGAAAAUACGACUGCUUAAGUAUGAGCUAGCCACGAAAGAUGAAGAAAUGCAACGUCUUAAGAGCCAACAAGAUCGAAGAGAGGUGGAAUAUGGCAGGCUGAGGAAUACCAUGCAGACUGCUUAUACCGAUAUGGUGAACGCAGCUACCACUCUUGACAAUGCUUUUAAAUUUAGAGCGAGAAAUCCUCCGGAGAAAGGUAUUGCUAAUUACAUGUAUAAAGAAAAAGACCUCAUUGGAGCUAUAUCAUCGGCUGAAGGUUUUAUGUAGGAGCAAAAUAAUCAGAAAUUACUUUUCUAGGUGGACUGAUUAUUAUUUUA